AUGUUCAGAAACAACUACGAUAACGAUACCGUGACCUUCUCGCCGCAAGGGCGCAUUUUCCAGAUCGAAUAUGCCUCGGAAUCGGUCAAGCAAGGCUCAGUAGUCGUUGGUCUCACCAGCAAGACCCACGCCGUCCUCGUCGCGAUCAAGCGCAACGCCGAGGAACUCUCAUCGUACCAAAAGAAGCUCUUCGCCAUCGACGAGCACGUCGGCAUCGGCAUCGCCGGUCUCACCUCGGACGCCCGCGUCCUCUCCAACUUCAUGAAGAACCAGUGCCUCAGCCACCGCUUCACCAUGGCCCGCGCCCUCCGCAUCUCGGACCUCGUCGACAUGAUUGGCGAAAAGGAGCAGUACAACACCCAGCACUACGGCCGCCGGCCCUACGGUGUCGGACUCCUCAUCGCCGGCGUCGACAGCCAAGGCCCCCACCUCUUCACGACGCAGCCCUCGGGCCUGACGGAGGAGGUCGUGGCCUUCGCCAUUGGCGCGCGGUCCCAGAUGGCGAGAACCUACCUCGAGAAGCACAUUGACGAGUUUGCCGACUGCGACCGCGAGGCCCUCAUCACUCACGGCCUCAACGCCCUCAAGGAGAGCUUGGCCCAGGACAAGGAGCUCACCGUGGACAACACAUCAGUGGCGUACGUCGGUGUGGGAUCCAACGGCAAGGUCACCGACGUGUUCAAGGUGUACGACGGACAGGACGUCAAGGACUGGAUCGAGGCGGCCAACACCGAGAGGGCGGAGGGCAUGGACGUUGAUGGUUGA